AGGUCAUGUGAUCCCAACAUAUAAAGAAGAGCAUAUUCUAGAGCUGAACGUUGCAGAGUGAAGAGGCUGACAGCACGAAUCAUGGCAUCUGAUGGAAAGAGACUGCAUGGUCUUGUAGCUGCCACCUUUACACCAAUGACUGUGAACAGUGAAAUCAAUCUGUCCAUCAUCCAAGAAUAUGUAGAUUAUUUGGUACAUAAGCAGAAAGUAAAGAAUAUAUUUGUAAAUGGGACAACAGGAGAAGGGGCAUCUCUCAGUGUCCAGGAGAGAAAGCGGCUUGCUGAGGAGUGGGUGAAACAUGGCAGAGGAAAGAUGGACAACGUGGUUGUACAUGUUGGCUGUUUGAGCUUAGAAGACUCCAAAGAUUUAGCUGCUCAUGCUGCUUCCAUUGGAGCUGAUGCCAUCUCUGCUGUAAGCCCUUCGUUCAUCAAACCUUCAUGUCCAGAUGCCCUAGUUUUGUAUCUCAAGGAAGUGGCUUCUGCUGCACCAAGCCUUCCAUUCUAUUAUUAUCACAUACCACGCCUCACUGGUGUAACAUAUCAGGUGAGUGAUCUGGUCAGCAGGAUGAAAGUCCAAAUCCCAUCAUUCCGAGGAGUGAAGUUCAGUGACACCAACCUUCUGGAUUUCAGUAUGUGCAUCCAUGAAAAUAAACAAUAUGACUUUCUAUAUGGUGUGGACGAGCAACUUUUAGGAGCCUUGGUAUUUGGGCCUAAUGGAGCUGUUGGCAGCACGUACAACUACUUGGGGGCAACAACCACUAAAAUGCUGACUGCGUUUGAGAAAGGAGACCUGGAGAAAGCCAGGAAGAUUCAGUGUGGAAUACAGGAGUUCAUCACAUUUGUUUUUGCUCUGGGUUGGGGAUUACCAGAAUUUAAAAACAUUAUGUCUACAGUAUCUGGAAUUGACCUAGGACCACCAAGAUCACCACUAUUCUCAAGAUUCAAGCCAGAGCAUUUAGAAAAAAUCAGAGAAGAAAUAAAGAAGAUAGAUCUUAUAUGAGAACAUAAAUUGGUAUAACCAACCUAUGUAUUUGAUUAUGACCAGCAAGUUGCUGAGAUGUUUGGUGGAUCUACUUUGUUGUUCACCAAGUGACAUACAGUGCAACCAUCUUCUCAGGCGCUGAAAGAGAACCCUCAAGCCUACAUCCAUGUUUACCUUUCUAAUAACUGUAAUCUGAAACUAACCCGAUCCUGUUGUAUAAGUGGCGUAGCCCAGGUUGGCAUCACCCGGACAGGGCAGACCACCAUAAAGACUUCUUCCAACCUCCCCACCACCACUAAUACCACCCCAGCUUUGCCACUAUGUUGUAGUAUUGUUGAAUUACUUGCCUAAUUUUAUAAAGAAGAAAUGCCUUAAGGUUCUAAUAAGUGUCCCAUUCUUAUAUAUGCUUGAUGUUCACCACUUUUGCUACAAAUACAUAUCUAAAACCUUUUAAACAGCAAGAAUGAAAAUGUUUUUUAUUAAAACUUUCUCCUAAAGUAGAAUUUUUUUUCCAACUAUUUUAAAGGAAAUCUGUCAGCAGUAUCCCCUGCAUUAAACCUGUCACACAGGCUUGUAGUGCG